UGUUCUGCCGAAUUGUGUUCUGCUCGCUGUCCCCAAUUUAUUGUGCUCGGCUGCAGCCGCGAGAAUCUUGAAUCUUCCUGAGAUUCCUCAAACGUGGGAAUCUUGAGAUGUCAAAGUCUUGUUUAUACAGUUAUACUGUAACUUGUUACUCGAGUAUUUACUGUAAGCAGUUACUGUUAUCCCCAUUCCUUGUGGCGACAUCGCAUCCGUCACGCGCUGUACGAGUGCCUUAUCAAAACAAAACGGAAUUUAUCAUAAUCCAGAUAUUUCCCUGCAGAGUUUGCAAUGGAGCACUAUAAAUUAUUAUCACUGAUCAUGCCAAUUUCGGAAGAACUCCUUACGAUGUUUGUUAUGAGGAUUAUAACACGCGGCGGCGAAUGUUUGCAUCAUUCGCCAGAAAAUCGAAAUCUUGCGGCAGUUGUUUCAUCACGGACUACGGCUGAUAAUCGUCACUUUGCCACAACAAAGUUAGAGGAUGGGCUGCCCAUUUCAUAUGGGCCCAUUGAUGGCUGCCCACAAUCGAUCGAUGAUAUCAUUCGUGUGCGCUUUAAGCGCAUUGUGCGGCUGUGCCGGUACAGGCCCGACAGUGCUGCCACCACUGAUGUUUUUAUACCCUGCGCGUGACAAAGCGCAGGCAAGAUGUCUGUGAAUCGGCUGAACUGCGCCGUGUUACUUCCGUUUGAACCGGGUGAACCGGCUUUCUCUCUGUCGCUCUCUCGGCUAGUGUUUGUACAUGAAAGGCGAAGGUUUCGUGGAACGCACAGGCCAGGCAGCCUUGCACCAGUGUGCACCAUUUGCUAUUUGCAGCAUACGCAGUUCAACUGACACAGUUGAGAAAUCGAAAACCCUUGAUAUAAUUUUUACCCAUUCUGUUCCUUUUCCCAAUUGGCUUUCUAAUGUGUUUUUAUCAAUCUUCUAAUGGUGGCUUCAUCGGAAUCUCCAUCGUGGCGUCGACUUGAUAAUGGCGUCCAAGAAAAAAUCGCUCCUCCCACAUCUCCAACACCACACUUCCCGGAUAAAUCACCAACCAACGACCUAAAUGACCCCAUGUUGCCCUCCUCGUCGGGUAUUAUGAAGAAUCUGGACGAGCCCGCUGUUUUCGCCGUGCCAGCUGUGCCCAAAAAGGCUAGCAAGAAGAUCCAGCCUUUGACCCCAUCGACGGCUGUCGUCCGGUCCAAGAGUCGGAAAAAUGCCCAUAAAAAAUCCAGAGUGACAGCCACGGCAUCCAAACCAUCCACCACGGCGGGCGUCCACGCGGGAACAACCAACGAGGCCACCGUGGGUUCGCCAGCCCGGAAAAAACCUCGCCGCGAACCGGGCACGGACGCCGUUAAGAAGAUGUUCGUCUGCUUGAAAGGAGUUCUGGGUAAACACCAUCCCGAGGAUCUGCACUCCCUGAAGCACCGUCUCUCGCGAUUAGGGACGUUUAUGGUUAAUCGUGCGGGCGAUGACACGCUGAAGACCGGGACGUCGUCCUUUCAUGAUUUCCUCAAUCGCGAGAGUUACAAACCCGAUACGAAAUCGUCUCUGUCCUUCUCCUUCCUCGGCGAUGAAUCGUUUCGCACGGAAUCGGCGUUCUCGUCGCCGAAGCGGAAGGGACGCAAUGAGGACGGCGCCAGCAGUUCAUCGAUGGUGAUUUCCUCCCGCAGCACGGAACAGCAGUCUAUGCAGGAUUUAUUCGGUGUCCUAUCGGUGUCGCGUGAUGACAUGAAGAACAAAACCCCGUCCCAGCUGGUGGAGUUUGUUAAACGCGUGGAGAGUAAUCAGCGGCGUGAGGCGUUUGAGAAGCAGCAGCGCCCGGCGUAUCUGCUGAAGCUGGCACGGACGCAGUCGGUUGAUCGCGCCAAAAUGUUCUCCGGUGUGGCACAGGGAUUUCAGCGCGCGGUGGAUCGGAUUAACGACGAUGCCUGGGUGACGGAUAGCUCCAGCGGCGGUGAGAGUGCUGAUGAGGCCGAGGAGGAACUGUUUCAAAAGAAGUUCGAUCAGGACCGACUCAUUCCAGUUGAUCAGCGGGCACUGUAUCGGUACGCCACGACGCGGCAGGGCAUUGCGUCGCGAUACAGCUAUGCUCACCGUCAAUUAGCUCGAGCCGAAUAUGCCUACCAGGUUACUGGCAAUCUCCUUCAGCGUAUCCAGCAGCGACAGGGCAUCGUGACAUUCGGUGGCGGUACCGCGGAUGACUCCAAACCAUUAUUGAAAACCGCAUUCCUAGCGCACAAGGGCCCGACACCCCGGCCCUGGGAUGAUCGGGAGGUCGUCAGCGUGGCGAAGACGGCCAAUUGUUCGACGGUAUUACGGCUGCCCACGGCCAAGAGCGAUGCCGGACAGUCACUGCAUCCCGGACCGGCGGGGCUAUUUCGUCGCAAGAUGAAGGUGGCCUUGCCCAGUACGGGACUGAAUAUUCCCUUUGAAACGUACGAGGCCACCAUGUGGAAGGAGAGAUUAGCGGUGGGGAGGAUCAUUGAGGAUGGGUCGGAUGAUGAGGAAAUGGGAGAGGCGGAAGGAGAGCAGAUCCGAGAGCUGUCGGAAGCGGUGGUGUCGUCAGCAAGGGGAUGUGCGCGGGCCAGGCCGUUAAUGGCGUUCAAGAAGCGGGUGUUUGUUGAUAUGGAUGCGUACCCUCCAAAACGAUAUCAAAUGGAUGAAAAACCUCGCCACUGCGAUUGUUCAACGCGCUGCUUACUGCCGGACCUUGUAGGUCCCGUUAGCUGUGCUAUUUGUAUGGGCUUGUUACCCAUGCCAACCUUUUCAUCUCAUACAAAUCUGCUGCGGACACCACGAAGUGAAGCAAUGGCGCUAGUUGAUCCGGGAUACCAUCCUCGUCUUUCACAACCCUCCAUUCGAGCGUUAGAUGCAGAAUUAUCCGGUGUGUCGUUGGAUUUUGAUCCCGCUAUGUUUAUUAGCUCUAGAGGACCGUUUAAGCCACGGCCGAUGCGUCGACAGCGCGCGUUGGAUUUAAUCAAAACCGAAGCGGAAGCGGCGCAUGUUUUGCGAAAACAGGAGGAGCGACUUCGGGCGGAGCGCGAGCGAUUACGGGCACUGCGUUUCGGUGCGCUGGAAAACAACCGCGAUACGCAGAAGCGACCGAAGAACAGUAAGACCGUCAGCGACAAGAAGCAGAAGGCACAUCGAAGUCGAACUAUUUCCACAAAAAAUCGAAAACGACGGCAUUCAUCGGUGUCUUCGGAUACAACGGUAUCGUCGGCCGUUAGCCAUCUAACACGUUCGACCAGUGUGGGCUCCACGGAUAUGAAUGUUGUUACAUCGAAGAACGCCACGAAACGUCAAAUGAACCGCACCACUUCGAAAUCGGAAACCGGCAAGAACCAUCCGGCCGGCCGUCGUCGUGAGGCCCGCUCGGACCUGACGAGCUUUGUGAUACCGUACGGUAUGACCGCCCCGUCCAAAAUCGAGAAGAUCCAGUACAAGGAAAUCAUUGUUCCCAAAUUCCGUGAUCUCAAAACAGUGCCCCUGGUCCCCCAUGGGGCGGAAGUUGUGGAUGCCGCGGGGGAAGCCGGCGAUCAGUCCCUGCCGAAACUGGACACCAUCCAGCCGCCGCUGCUGCCGACCGAUGUCGAGGUGGAUAAUUCCUGCGAGGACGAGGACCUGAGCGAUGCGGCCUUCGCUGAGCGCCAUAUCAAAUGCGAGGUGGAGGAGCGCACCCGCUUCACCGUUCCGGAGAAGCAGACCAGAAAGCGCAAUCCGCCCCCCGAGGGCACCGCCGCCCGUCCGCCGCCGGUGAAGAGCACGCGGAGGAAGAAGAGCCUGUUGCACGGGAAGAAGGUGUCGAAAAAAUCCAGCAAGGUGAACCGGUAUUUUGGGCGGAAUGAUGUGCGGAAGAAAGUAAAAGGGGAGAAGAAGGUGCCGGACGGCGAGGAGGGCGGUGGAGUCGUGGUGAUGGCCAGUGCGGAGCAGCCGCCUCCCAUGGAGGUCAAAGUGCAAACGGCCACGGUGAAACGGCCCCGGAAGACGCCGGAGGAGAUCGCGGCGAUGAAUGCCCAGCGUCCGGCACGGCCCGUCCGCACACGGCGCAGUACGUUCCGGGCGUCACCGGACGACGAGGACGGCUGAGAAGGGGCAGUGGGCGUGUUGUUGCAGGGGGUGGGACGGUUUUUUGUACCUUGUGAUGGUGGUUCGAAAGGGCAUCGGACAGGUGUGUGCUGCGUAUAAGGGAUGUUGUACAGUAUAGAGUUACGAUCUGCAAACUGGGGGGAGUGUAAAAUUGCAGCGAGAUCGGAAUUGGGUUUUUCCUUUAUCUCUCUUGCGUUUUGGGUUGAGAUUUCUCUUUGUUGUUGUGUGUGGGGUCACCGUUUUUUUGUAUGAUAUUCAUCCGCUCCGUUUCCACAUUAUACGGAAUCUUGAUGAAAUUUUGUUCUUUAUUUGGGAUUAUUUUUUACUAAUAAAGCGUACAUGAUUCCGUAUCAA